CUCGGCUCUUCUCUUCUCUCUCUUUUAUUCUUCACAGGCUAUUACCUUCUCUCUCUCUCUCUCUCUCUCUCACUCUUCACUGUGUCUUCGCUCUCUCUCUCUGGCUCUUCCUGACGUCCAUUGACUGCACAUCUAAUCUACCUAUUUGCUUGCAAGCUAAUACUGAAGAAAAAGAAAUAUGGGUAGACAGAGAGAUGAAUUUUGGGAUCAUGCUAAGAAUGAAAAUGGCCGUUUCGAAUGUAAUUAUUGUAAACAAGAUUUUCCUGGAGGUGCAUCAAGGAUUAAAGCACACUUGGCUGGAAUACCAGGUCAUGACAUUAAGGCAUGUAAUGCCGUGCCUCAAGAUGUUCAAGAAAAAGCUCAAGCAACCCAAAAAAAAAGAGAAGCUCAAGUAACUCAAGGGACGAAUAAAAAACUUAAAAGUGUAUCAACCUCGGCUUCAAAAUCAAAAACUAAGACAAUUAAAAUUGUCACACAGGGUAAGGAAGAAUAUGGGGCUGAAAUUAUCCUCAAUGAUGUUAUGGACAGACUAAUAGCCAAUGUGUCUUCACUUGCCACUGAGCAUAUCAAUUUUGAGUUGAGUUUCAAGGUGGAUCUUCUUGAAACAUUAUUCAAGAUUAAAUUUGUGUUAGGUGAUGCUCAAAAGAGGCAAUUGAGUGAUGAGUCUAUGGGGAUUUGGUUAACUGAGCUUAGAAAUGUAGCUUAUGAUGCUGAUAAUGUGCUCGACAAGUUUAGCUAUGAGAGUUUUUGGCAAAAGGUACGGAUUCAAAAUCAAAUGAUGGAUCAGGUAUGUAACUUUUCAUUAUGCAAUUUUGAUGAAGUUAAGGCCAUCAAACAAUCGUUGGAUAAAAUUGUGAAUGAUGUAGCUGACUUUGGUCUUAGAAUGGAGUUGGUGAAUUCAAUCCCCAAAAUCAGCUUGGACAUGAAUACAGACUCCCUCCUUGAUGAUUUAGAAGUUGUAGGAAGAAAACACGAUAUCAAAAAAAUAGUAAACUUACUUAUCAAUUCAAACAAUCAACAGGUUAUCUCGGUUCUCCCUAUAGUGGGUAUGGCAGGUCUUGGAAAGACAACUUUAGCAAAACUUGUGUAUAACCAUGAACUGAUAAAAAAACAUUUUGAUGUACUAGUAUGGGUAUAUGUGGGCAAAAAAUUUAAUGUUGAAGAGAUAUUAAGAAAGAUUAUUGGAUCUCUUAGAGAAGACUUGAGAGGACCUCCUUUAGCAUAUGCAAGAGGAGUACAUCAAAUAUUUGCAGAAAUUUUGGGGGCAAACAAAUAUCUUCUCAUACUUGAUGAUGUGCAUAAUGAAGAUCCUAAGGAAUGGGAUACUUUAAAAGAUUACUUAUUAGAGUUUAAUUCUAAUUCUAAUAUAGGAAAUAAUAUUGUUGUUACAACCCGUAGUGAUAAUGUGGGGCAAAUCAUGAAGAUACAUCAUCCCCCACAUCACUUAGAGAAGUUAUCAAAAGAUGAUUGUUGGUCUAUAAUGAAAAAAAGAACAUUCAUAGAUGGAAGAACUCCAUUAACUUUAGAUUUGGAGGUUAUUGGUAGGGAAAUUGCUAAAAGAUGUGGAGGGGUUCCAUGGGCUGCAAGAGUUUUAGGGAGAACAAUGUCCUUUCAAUUUGAUAAAAACAAAUGGCUGGAGAUUCAAAAUAAUAAAAUUUGGGAUUUGUUGGAUGAAGAUAAUAGUGAUAUGUUUCCUGUGCUUAAGUUAUGCUUUGAUCAACUUCCAACACCAUCUUUAAAACGAUGUUUUGCAUAUUGUGCAAUAUUCCCUAAAGAUUAUGACAUGGAAAAGGAUGAAGUAAUUCAGUAUUGGAUGGCCGAAGGGUUCCUACUAGCUAAAGAAGCUAAUAUGGAGAUGGAAGAUAUUGGUAACAUGUAUUUCAAAAUUUUGUUGGCCACUUCCUUUUUCCAAAAUGCUAGAAAGGAUGCCUACGGUAAUAUUAUUAGCUGCAAAAUGUAUGAUUUGGUGCAUGACUUUGCACUCUCAAUUUCAAAAUUUGAAACUUCAAUCUUGGAGGGAGAUUCAGUGGAUGAUGGUAGUAGCAUACAACAUUUAUUUGCCCGACAUGAUGGUAAAACAACACUAGUAAGUUCAUUUACAAAUUUGCGCACGUUAAUUUCAGAAAAUUUCAACUUUGACAUCAUGUCAUCAAAUUUUAAAUGCUUACGCGUUUUAAAAUUAUUCGGGGAUAAAUUAUUCGGGGAUAGUAGAAAGGAGUUGCCAGAUUCAAUUGAGCAAUUAAUACAUUUGAGGCUUCUUCAAUUCUCAGACUCCUUAAUUGGAAAAUUACCAAAAUCCAUCACCAAACUAUACAAUUUGCAAACUUUAAGAAUUGAAGGCAGCCGCCAUGUAAGAGAGCUUCCGGAAGACCUAAGCAAUUUGAUUAACUUGAGACAUAUUCAUAUUAAUUGGGCUUAUUAUUGUAUAAAAACACCUAAAAAUAUGAGUAUGUUGACUUGCCUUCAAACAUUGACAUUUUUUGGUGUGGGUUCAGAGGAUGGUUAUCGGAUUACAGAAUUGGGAGCUUUAAAGAAUCUCAAAGGAGAAAUAGUAAUAAAGAAUCUAGAGAGGGUGAAAGAUGAGGAAGAAGCCAAAAGUGCAAAAUUAAAAGAAAAGGAAAUAUCCAACUUGGGAUUAUACUGGGAUGAAGAAUAUCACGAUUCUGAUGAUAAAGAUGAAAAGGUGUUGGAAGGCCUCCAGCCUCACCCAAAUUUGAAAAGAUUAACAAUCGAAGUGUAUGAAGGAAAGAAAUUCCCAUCAUGGGUUGGUUCGUCGCUAUAUCACAAUUUGAUUGAGAUCAAUUUGAUACGUUGCUGGAGAUGUAAAGAAGUUCCCACUCUGGGGCAAUUACCCUGUCUUAGGGUUCUUGAAAUAAUAGAAAUGGGGAAGGUAAGAAGUAUAGGAAGUGAGUUUUACUUUUACAGUGAUGGGAGUUACAGAAAUACUACUACAAUAUUAUUUCCGGCAUUGAGAAUACUCAAAUUGGAGGGGAUGGUUAGCUUAGAAGAGUGGAAGGAUGCAAAGGAGUUGACAACCGCAGAUGAGGUGUUUCCUUGCCUUGAGGAGUUGACCCUUAGAAGUUGUUAUGAACUGAGAGAUUUGCCAGACUCACUGCACACCUGCGUUUCCCUUCAGAAGUUGGUAGUAAGCCAUUGUCAUAACCUGAGGUAUUUGCCAGGUGUCCGGUCCAUAAUAAGGAGUGGUAUUGAAGACCCACCCAGUGGGUUACAAUAUUUGGAGAAUGGGGAUUGUCCUCUGCCUUCUUCUUCUUCUACUUCCUCCAUUCACCCCUCCCUCCAAAAGCUAAAGCUAAUAGGCUGUGGGUCUCUCCUGCUGGACCAAAUUCAACACUUCAUUGCCCUUAAAAUUCUGUGGAUACAGGGAUUUGAUGAGAUGGUAGCUUUGCCAGAGUGGUUGGGCAAUCUUUCCUCUCUCCAAAAGCUGUAUAUUGUGGAUGGCUGGAAACUGCGGUAUCUGCCCACCGAGGAAGCCAUGCGACGACUCACCCAAUUGAAAAUGCUGGAGAUUUAUCAUUGCCCCAAUUUGAAAGACAAUGAGCGGUCCAAGAUUGACCACAUUCCAUGGGUUAAAAUCAGUAAUUAUCGCUACUCGCGGCCAAGUUGCAAUGAUUUUGAAGACUAACUCAGAAAGAUGGCAAGAAGUUUGCAUUUGGAAAAAUAAUUAACUUGAUGACAACUGAUGCCCAGGCACUUCAGAUUUUGGUUAUCCUUUAUUUCCAAAGUAGUGGCCAUGUACUUCAGGAAAGGGAAAGAGUGGUCCAGGAUUCACCCUAUUCCAAAUAUCCAGAAAAACUUUUGGUUCCUAUUCUAAGCUAGCUUAAAAUAAACUAAAAUUGGUGACAUUUUGAUGGUUUCUCUAGAUCAAGCAAAUGGUCUGAGGAUAGUUCUCAAUAUCUUAAGCAUAAGUUGCACUGCCUUCAUUGAAAAUUUUGCAAUACUAAAGUUGCUGUGUAUGGGAGAGGAGGAUUCUAGAAAAAAUUUCUACAAAACCAGAUACGUUCAAGCCAAAAUUGGAAGUUGUUUCAACUCCAAUUUUGAUGAAAUUUCCUAAUGAAGAGAGCUUCAUGUUGACUGGUGACUGGUGUUGUUACUUGAAAUUCCUCUUCAUUUGCUCAAAUGCUAAAGCCCACUUGGUGGGAUCUUUUCUUCUUUUUAUUGUUGGUAUCUUAGUGUGAUGAAUAUUUGUUGUAAUCCAAGAAUGACAUGUUUUUGUUGUCUUUUUAGCUGAUAGCGUUUGUUUUAGAGAAGAUUGUUGUAAACUCAUAUUCUAUAGUGGAAGAUUUUACUGGACUAGGUCCCGUGGUUUUUUCCUUCUCAUUGAAGGGUUUUCCACGUAAAAA